CUCUCUUACUCUCUUUCUUUUUUUUUUUGUCUCCACAAAAAAGAAAUGAACUUUACUCGUGUUCUAGGAAAGUCUUCCAUUAACGCCAUUCGCGUUCAAAAGGCUAAUGCCCGUAUGCUUGGUCGCGCUCUCGGAGCACAAACCUCAAUGGCAGUUCGUUCAUAUGCUACUGAUAACACCAACACUGGUAAAAUUCGUUCUGUCAUUGGUGCUGUUGUCGAUGUUCAAUUCGAUCAAGAAAACUUGCCUGCCAUUUUGAACGCUCUUGAAGUUCAAGGUCACUCUGGUGGACGUCUUGUUCUUGAAGUCUCUCAACAUUUGGGUGAAAAUACUGUUCGUACUAUUGCUAUGGAUGGUACUGAAGGUCUUGUUCGUGGUCAAAAGGUUGUUGAUACUGGUGCCCCUAUCACCAUUCCCGUUGGUAAAGAAGUUCUUGGUCGUAUUAUCAACGUUAUUGGUGAACCCAUUGAUGAACGUGGUCCUAUCAAUGCUAAGACUCAACGUCCUAUUCACGCUGAUGCUCCUGAAUUUGUUGACCAAUCACCUACUCCCGAAAUUCUUGAAACUGGUAUUAAGGUUGUUGACUUAUUGGCUCCUUAUGCUCGUGGUGGUAAGAUUGGUCUUUUCGGUGGUGCUGGUGUCGGUAAGACUGUCUUAAUUCAAGAAUUGAUUAACAACAUUGCUAAAGCUCAUGGUGGUUAUUCCAUUUUCUGUGGUGUUGGUGAACGUACUCGUGAAGGUAACGAUCUUUAUCACGAAAUGAUUCAAACUGGUGUCAUUCAAUUGGAAGGUGAUUCCAAGUGUGCCCUUGUCUUUGGUCAAAUGAACGAACCCCCAGGAGCUCGUGCUCGUGUUGCCUUGACUGGUUUGACCAUUGCUGAAUACUUCCGUGAUGAUGAAGGACAAGAUGUAUUGUUGUUCAUUGAUAACAUUUUCCGUUUCACUCAAGCUGGUUCCGAAGUAUCUGCCCUUUUGGGUCGUAUUCCUUCUGCUGUCGGUUAUCAACCUACCUUGUCUACUGAUAUGGGUGGUAUGCAAGAACGUAUUACAACUACCAAGAAUGGUUCUAUUACCUCUGUCCAAGCUGUCUAUGUCCCUGCUGAUGACUUGACUGAUCCUGCUCCCGCCACUACUUUUGCUCACUUGGAUGCUACUACCGUCUUGUCUCGUUCAAUUGCUGAAUUGGGUAUUUAUCCUGCUGUCGAUCCUCUUGAUUCUAAAUCUCGUAUCCUUGAUCCUCGUAUUGUUGGUGAAGAACACUACAAGGUUGCCACUGAAGUUCAACAAAUUCUUCAAAACUACAAGUCCCUUCAAGAUAUCAUUGCUAUUUUGGGUAUGGAUGAACUUUCUGAAGAAGAUAAGCUUGUUGUCGAACGUGCUCGUAAGAUUCAACGUUUCUUGUCUCAACCUUUUGCUGUCGCUCAAGUUUUCACAGGUUACGAAGGUCGUCUUGUCAAGCUUGCCGAUACCAUUCGUUCCUUUAAGGAAAUCUUGUCUGGUAAGCAUGAUCACUUGCCUGAAUCUGCUUUCUAUAUGCAAGGUGAUAUCAAUGAUGUUCAGAAGCGUGCUGAAGAGCUUGCCAAGGAAAUGGGUUCUCAGUAGAUAAUAUUGUUGUAACUUUAUCUCAUUCUUAUUAGUUUUUUUUUUUCCUUCCUUUGUACUUUUUUCACUUUAUCCUUUUUUUUUAUAACAGAAUUCUUAAAAUUAAAACAUAUAGUAAAAAAUCAUCUAUGUUUUUUUUUCUUAAAAAAAAAUGAAUGUAUACAAAUCUUUACUGAAGAAUGUGAAAAAAAAAAAGAAGGAGAAGAAAAUUUUAUACCAACAUGUUAUAUUUGUAUAAAAAAG